AUGUAUAAGAAGAAGACCAGAAAAGACUCAGAUGAUUUUUAUGUGUCAGCAGCUAGCGAAAAGAAUGAUGAAGACAAACUUUAUGCAUCAGAUAAUAAAAACAUAUUGAAUCUUUUAACAUCAAAUAAUGAACCUAUAAAUAGUAAUGUAGAGAAUUAUUCUUUUAAUGAUAUAUUAAACAAAAAUGAUUUUAUUUAUCAUCAACAUGUUAAUAACAAAAUAGAGAAUACAUAUAAAAAUGUUAAUAAAUAUAAAGAAGAAGAUAAUAAUGUAUUAAUAAAUAGUGAUACAAAAGAUAUUCAUAAUAAUUUUUAUGAUGAAGAAAAAGAAAUACAAGUAUUUAUAGAUAUAUCAAAAUUAUUAGAAAGCAAAGAAGAAAAUGAAACCUACAUUAGUCAAGAUAUAUAUAAUGAUAUUUAUGAUAUGAAUAUAAAUAAAAAUAUAGCAGAAUAUCCAAAAAAUUUAUUAAAUGAUAAAAAAAUAAAUGAAAAUAAUUAUUAUUAUUAUCAUUAUGAUGAAACACAUUUGUCGUAUGGAUCUAUUCCUUAUGAAAAGAAAGAAACAAAUGCAUAUAUUCCAUAUGAUUUAAAUAAUAUGUCUUAUGAUUAUUUUUAUAAAGACACAUAUAUCAAUGAACAUGAACAUACUAAAAUAAAUUCUCUUCAUGAGGAUAUAAAUCUGUUCACUCCUAAAAGCAAACAAACAAAUGGACAAAAAAACAACAUCAAUAAUAAUGAUAAUAAUAAUAAUAAUGAUAAUAAUAAUUAUUAUAAUUAUUAUCAUAAUAAUAUAUUUGUAGAACUCACAAAAACUUUACAUGAUCAAAAUAAUUUGAACCAUCAUAAUUUCGAUUCUACAAUAUAUCCUUUUGAAAAUAAAAAGGAUUUAACAAUAAAUUUAUUUAAAUCAUCAAGUAACAAAAUAAAUAAGGUACAUACAAAUAAUAAUAAUAGAAACGAAUCCAUCUCAAAUAAUAUCAAAAACAAUAUAGAUAGUCCUUCCAUAGACAACAAUAAAAAAAAAAAUUUUUUUUUUUUUGAUGAUGAUAAAGAUAAUGUGUUCUUAGAAAGAAAUAUUUUAGAGAAAAAUAAUAUAGAAAAAAAUAAUUUAGAGAAAAAUAUUUUAAAAAGUGACAAUAAUUUGAUUGAUUAUAAAAAUAAAUAUGACGAAAAUGUUACUAGGAUUAUAAAAGAUAAACCAGAUCAUUUUUUAAAUUAUAUUUAUAAUAUAGAAAGUAAUAAAGAAGAUAUAAAUUGGAAUUUAAAAAAUAACUAUUAUGUAUAUGAGAAUAAUAAAAUUGAAGAAGAACUAUCAACAUGUUUAGAUAAUAACAUAUCUUUAGAUACAUUUAAUUAUCUUUAUAAAAAAUAUAAUGAAGAUACAUGUAAUAUAUAUGAUAAUAAUGAAGAAAAAUCAUUUUUUAUAAAAAAACAAAUUCUAAAAGAGACACAAAUGACUAUAAAACAAAAUGAACAGACAAACAAUCUUAUAGAACAAAAUAAUCAUAAUAAUAAUCAUAAUAAUAUUAUGAGUCGUCAUAUAAAUUAUAAUAAUAAUAAUAAUAAUAAUAUUAUGAGUCGUCAUAUAAAUUAUAAUAUGGAGUGCGCACAAAACAUGGAACCUUAUAAAGAUAUAUUACAAAGAAAUGAACAGAAUUAUAUAAAUAAUACAGAUAGAAAGAUAGAAAAAAUGAAUGAUAUAAAUGAUAUAAAUGAUAUAAAUGAUAUAAAUGAUAUAAAUAAUAUAAAUAAUAUAAAUGAUAUAAAUAAUAUAAAUAAUAUACAUAUAAAUAAUAAUACCUCUGUUUUUACUAAUAUGGAUAUACAGAAAAUUUAUUUAGAAAAUUAUAAUAAACAACUAAAAGAUGAUAAAGAAUAUAUGCAAAAAAAUAAUAAUAAUUUAUCUUCUAUAAUAUCUUAUGAACAAAAAGUUUUUAAUCACAAUAAUGAUAUGAUUAAAAUAGGUUCAUCAGAUGUAACAUAUAAUAAAACACAACCUUUAAAUGAUAAUCUAAAUAAACAAGAGGAAUCCAUAUCCUCAAAUAUAUGUACAUCUAUUAUUAAUUUUAAUAAUGAUAAUAAAAAAAUAAAAGAACCAUAUAAUAUAGAGCACACAAUAAAUAAUUUAGAAAGUAGUACAAAAAAAAAAAAAAAAAAAAUUAUUAGUAUGGAUAAAGAAAAUGACGUUGAAAUGAAUAAAAAUAAUGAUAAUAAUAAUAAUAAUAACAAUAACAAUAAUAAUAAUAAUAAUAAUAAUAAUAAUAAUAAUAAUAACAGUGACCAUAAUAAUCAUUUUAAUAUAUCUGAUGAAGAUAAUGAUUUUUUUCAUUCUUUUAUUUAUUGUAAUAAUUCUGGAACUUGUCAAAAUAACAAGACAUAUGAUACAAAUCAUUGUAUAUACAAUCAUUGUUAUAAUAAUAUAAAUAAUGAUAAUGUGUGUAAAGAAAAUCUUUAUUGUGAUGAAAAAACAAAAGAUCUAAUGUAUGUAUUAAAAAAUAAAGUUUCAAAAAAAAAUAUUUCAGAUGAUGAGAAGAUGAAACAAUUUUUUUUUUUUUAUGAACAUAUGAAUAAUAAAAAUGUAGGAGACAAAUACGAAAAAGAUAAUAAAAAAAAACAUAUUCAUAUGAAUAAUAUACAACAAAGAGUUUAUUAUAAUGAGGAGAAGAACAAAGAAAAUGGAUAUGGAUAUAAUAAUAAUGUGAUGAAUGACAAAAGAAAUAAAAUGGAUUCUUCAUAUGUAACACCAAAUAUAUUUUUGAGAUAUAAAAAUGGUAAUAUUAAUAGGAAUGAUCAUGUGAAUGGUCAUAUGAAUGGUCAUAUGAAUGGUCAUAUGAAUGGUCAUAUGAAUGGUCAUAUGAAUGGUCAUGUGAAUGAUCAUAUGAAUGAUCAUAUGAAUGAUAAUAUACCUUUUUAUAACAAUAUACAUGUUAAUAAGACGCUGCAAAAAUAUUUAGAGCCGCAAAAAAAGAGUGCAAAUAUUUUCGAAUCCCUUAAUUCUUUUAUAUACAACUUUAAGAAUAACGAAAAAAAUCAUAACAUAAAAAAAAAUAAUAACAACAAUAUAAAUAUUAAUAGUAUUUAUAAUAUGCUUAAUCAGUAUGAUCAUGAAGAUGAGAUGGGGUUAAAUAAGUUGGAUAUUCAUAAAAAGAUAGAUAAUAAUAGAAAUAAAAUAAUUAACGAUAUAGAUAAUAUUAAUGAAAUCAAAGAAGAUGAUCAUAAUAAACAUGUUGAUAAUAUAAAAAUAAAUAAUAUGAUACAUGAAAAAGAUAUUUACGAUGAUUUGAAUAAUUGUAAAAAAUAUAAUAAAAAAGAAACCAUGAGAAAAAACGAUGAAAGCAUUAAUCUUAUUUCAUCUAAUGAUCAAAAUAAAAAAAACAUCAACCAUAUAAAAAAUAAUAAUAAUGAUAAUAAUAAUAAUAAUAAUAAGUGUUAUUAUUAUAUGAUGGAUCCUUUUGUGUCUACAUAUACAAAAAAUGAUACCAUGAAAAAGGAAAAAAUUAUUCAUCCUCAAAUAAAUAAUAACAUGCAAGAUAACAGAAUAGAUAAUUAUGAAGAACAAAAAAAUGAUCUUAAUAAAGUAGAUGAAGAUAAUAUUAUUUUAACGAUUAUAUGGAAUAUAAAUAAUAUUUCUCUCUUAACUUGUAGUAACAAUAAUUUUGUUGUCUCACCAGAAUUUAAGACACAGACAAAAAUGAAGGAAUUCUUCAUAUUAUUUAAUAUGAACAAUAAAAAUAAUGAGGACACCAAAAAAUGUGAUGACAUCAAAAAAUGUGAUGACAUCAAAAAAUGUGAUGACAACAAAAAAUGUGAUGACAUCAAAAAAUGUGAUGACAACAAAAAUAUUGUGGACACCAAAAAAUGUGAUGACAACAAAAAUAUUGUGGACACCAAAAAAUGUGAUGACAAUAAAAAUAUUUUGGACACCAAAAAAUGUGAUGACAAUAAAAAUAUUUUGGACACCAAAAAAUGUGAUGACAAUAAAAAUAUUUUGGACACCAAAAAAUAUGAUGAUAUUUAUAUAGACAUUUUAUUUUCUUACACAGGAUUCUGUGAUAUUAUUUUCUCAGUUACUUGUGGUGUGUAUAGAAAAAAAUAUGCAUGCUAUAAUAUUUCUACAGUUCCUUGGUUUGGCUAUAGAAAUUUGGGAUUCUUAAAGAACUGUAUGAAAAAUGAUAUGGUAUCUAUAAGAAUAGAUAUUCAUAAUAUUAAAGAAAAGAAUGAAAUAAAAGAAAUAUAUUUAAAUAAUAUUAUAUCACAGAUAAAGGAUAAAAAAGAUAAUAAGAAAAAUGUAAAUUUAUUAAACGAUCAUCAAAAUGAUAAUAAAGAUCCUAAUAAUGGUUUUAAUAAUCAGGAUAUAAAUUUAUAUCAACAUAAUAUUAUACAUAUAGAUGAUAAUAUAAAAAAAAAAAAAGAAUCUAAUAAUAAUAUAUAUAUUAAAAAAAAAAAUGUUUUUCAAAAAAAUGAUAAUAAUAAUAUAUAUGAUAUACAUAAAAAUAUUAUACGGCAAUAUAAUAAACUAGAUUCUAUAUCAGGAUGUAAUAAAAUAACUUACAUCAAUAAUAAUAAAAUAAAUUUUCAAGAAAUCAAUAAUAUCAAAAGUAAGGAAAAUAUAUUUACAUUAGAAUCUAAACUUAAUAAAAAUAUUAAUCAUAGAAAGGAAUACACAACAAAAAAUGGCAUCAACAAUAAUAAUAUAUGUAGUAAUAAUAAUAAUAAUAUAUAUAGUAAUAAUAAUAAUAUAUGUAGUAAUAAUAAUAAUAUAUGUAGUAAUAAUAAUAAUAUAUAUAAUUGUGAUCAUUUUAAAAAUAACAUUUCUCUAGAUAAUCAUAAUAAUAAUUUAUCUUAUAAUAUAAAUAAAUAUUUUAAUAAACAUGUAUUUGUAUAUCCAAUACAAAAAAAUAUAUCCACAAGAAAAAGUAACAAUCAUGUUUUAAAUAAUAAAUAUCAUAUGCAAACAAAAGGAGAUAAUCAAAGAGAGAAUAAUUAUCAUACUGAUCUAUAUGGAUAUAAUACAUUAGAGUGUAAAAUUAAAAGGGAAUAUUAA